AUAAUCGUAUUUUAAAAAUACUGAGAAUGCUAAAGCAAAGACAUUUCGUUUACAAAAUAAUUAUUGGCAUCAUAGCUACAUUAGCGUUUUUGGCCUUAACAUAUUUUCUUAAAUACAAUCGACAAAGUCAUCUCACUGAUCCACCCAGUUUCAUCUUAAAGUUAAAGGAAUACUGUCUUAGUUUACCAAAAUCAAAAGAUUCUGCUAUAAAACUGGUAGACAUUAUGGGGCAGAAUGAAUUGACAUUCCUAGAUUGCAAAGAGAAGAUAUCGACGUUAAUUUUAAUUGAUGACAGUAACCAGAAAAAAUUAAACGCCUGCAAUGAAAACAAUACAAGAAUAGACAUUAAAUUUGAAGAAAACAAAGUCAAAUUAAAUAGUUGUGAAGAAAAGUUUAUAAACUUAAAGCAGUGCAAAGAAAAUACGGCGAAGCUUGAAAAUAAGAUUACAGAUUUACAAAAACAAUUGGCCGAGAAAAUGCACACAAAGCCUAUAAGUGCAAGAUUAAACGCGGCAGAGGAACCAAGAGUGUUAAGAGAAAUCUUAAGUUCUGAAACUUCAAAAUCUGAGGUUCCAGGAAUAUUUCCAUCCACUAUUCAUUACGUUUGGUGUGAAAAUAAAAGUUUUAAAUUUGAACAUGCUUUGGGAAUUAUAAGUACGGUGCGUAUCCUGAAUCCAUUGAGAUUGGUGUUUUAUUACAAUUAUCUACCCAACAGUGGAGGAUAUUAUUACUACUCAUGGUUUUAUGAAUUGACACAGUCAUUGCCAAAUUUCGACUUGAAAAAAAUCGACAGAGUUAUACGAUGUAACACAAUGGACGCGGUGGAGUUUGCUUUAGAACAAAUAGCAUCAAGUGGAGGGGGAGGUUUUUAUUUUGGUGAAAGAGCUGUGUUGACGUACAUCCCAGAAGACUGGAAAACAAAGGAAUUCGUCACAUACUCAAAACCUGGGUCUUUAUCUAGCGAAGGAUUGAUCGUGUUGAUAAAACAAGUGUCCGCUAAUAAGAAAGAAGACAUAAAACAGCUUAAACAGAAAGUUCUCAAGGAUCCAUACUACUGUCACACAGCUCAAGAGUUCGACAGUCGGGAUCCUGAUACAACACAGUCCUCGCCGUGUGUAGUCCUGCCCAGUGAUGUGUUACCAGAACAUAUCCUCAACAACACAUCCCAGUUGAACGCUGUACUCAGAUGGUUGUAUUAUGGGAGAAGGGAAGGUCUGCAGGCCGAACAAAGCAGCCCAGUCGUCUGGUCUUUUGAGAGUUACGUCUGUGUCAUAUCUGCUCUCUACGUUGGUGGAUUUGAGAGAGUGUAUGUACACGGCGACACAAGACCGUCAGGUUACUGGUGGGAGAAGUUGAAGCAGGAAAACGUUACAUUUGUCUACGUUGACCAGCCCCAUAAUGUUUUCCAACAAGAGCUGAAUGUGAUGGCCCACAGAGCGGAUAUUCUCAGAGUCCUCAUUUUGUUUAAAUAUGGCGGCACUUACAACGACAAAGACGUUAUUUGGGUCAAACCACUUUCUGAGAGUCAGAGAAGGUACCCGACGAUCAUGUGCUAUGAGUGGCCGGAAGUUCCUCCUUGGCCAAGAGCAGUCAACAACGGGUUGCUGGUCUCCAAGGCCGGAGCUCCAUUCUUGUUGAAAAUUUUAGACUCAUUUUGGUUCUAUCGUGACGAUAUGUGGGCCAUGAACUCAGUGCUGAUGUACUACAAGCUGUAUGAGAGGAACCCGGAAAUGGUUCACAUUGACCCCAAGCUUCAGGUAAAAUAUAAAAGAUGGUCCUCUGUUACAAUCACAUCUGUCAUCCUACAUGCUUUCCAUUUCAUUCACAUGAACGCUCCACCAAUUUUCACAUCGUUUUCUGCCAUAAAGAACAAAACCAGUGUUGACGCUUUGUUGUUAAGGAGAUUAAUGGACGCUAUACAGAAGGCGGGGAGAGCUCAUUUGUUGGAGGAGAAAAACUAG